AUGCGUGGUCCACUGUACCACGGGCGCGCCAACGCCACAGCUUUGUCCAGUAGUCCAGUGGUUAGUGAACCGCGCUCCGAGUCGGAAGACCCGGGAAUUACCUGUGAUAUCAGUGAGUGGCCAACACCCAGCUACGGACAGAUAUCUGCUCAUUGUGCAGGCCUGUCGCAAGUGGCGUCUGGGACGCGUUGUGAGGUCACUUGUGAUGAUGGGUAUGAACUGAGUGGUAGUUCAAGCUCUAUUUGUGGCAUGGAUGGGGAAUGGGAUCCAAAGACAACAGCAAACUGUAAAGUACGUGAGUGUCCACCACUAAUUGAACCAGAUCAUGGGAAAAUUACUCCCUACCUAUGCAAAAUCAAGCCUCUUCAUGGCCAGACGUGUCAAUAUGAAUGUAGGCCAGGAUUCAGAGUCAUUGGACAUAACUCAAGCAAAUGUAAUGCUGGGCAUUGGACACAUAAAGGAUUCUAUUGUCAUGAUCAUGAACGCCCUUCAUUUAGUGAAACCUGCCCAUCUGCGCGAAGUGUUUUUGCUGACGAAGGGAAAACGUCGGCCGCGAUAAGCUGGGAACCAGUCAUAGCCACUGAUAAUGAUCAGGCUAUCGUGACUGUGUCUCCUGAUGUGACCUCUCCGCACAUUUUUUCUGAGGGAAGCCAUUCCGUAACUUACACUGCUGCAGAUCCAUCCGGGAACGUGAAGUUAUGUCACUUUCAAGUCAACGUGCAAGUGCUUCGAUGCCCCGCUCUAUUCGCUCCUGCAAAUGGAAGACUGCUGGAGAGUGCUGCUUGUGGAAACUUGUAUGGUAGCACCUGCCACUUGACGUGCAAUAAAGGAUACGAAAUAAAAGGAUCCGAAGAAAGAAAAUGUGACAAAAAAGCUGGGACAAAUUUAGUACACUGGACGGGAAGUGACACUUACUGUGAAGAUGACGAUGACGAAUUUUAUAAUGAGGAUUACAACGACAAUGCGGACAAGAACGACAACCCAUGA